AUGGAAGACGAAAUCGCAGCUCUGGUGGUGGACAAUGGAUCCGGCAUGUGCAAGGCCGGAUUUGCCGGAGACGACGCUCCUCGCGCCGUUUUCCCCUCGAUCGUAGGUCGGCCUCGUCAUCAGGGCGUCAUGGUCGGCAUGGGACAGAAGGACUCUUAUGUUGGAGACGAAGCUCAGUCCAAACGAGGUGAGACCCACGGAUAUAGAAACCAAGUGACCGUGAUUUUCAGGUAUCCUCACUCUCAAGUACCCCAUCGAGCAUGGUAUUGUGACCAACUGGGACGACAUGGAGAAGAUUUGGCACCACACUUUCUACAAUGAGCUCAGAAUCGCUCCUGAAGAACAUCCAGUACUCCUUACCGAAGCUCCGCUUAACCCGAAGAGCAAUCGCGAAAAAAUGACGCAGGUAAUUUCAUAAAUUUCAUUAUGAGAAAACUGAUUUGAAAAACUCAAAGAGCCUGUUUUAUUUAACUAUUGAGAAAGCUUUUUCCAAUCUCAAACUGACUUGUCGCAGAUUAUGUUCGAAACGUUCAACACUCCCGCCAUGUACGUCAACAUCCAAGCCGUCCUGUCCCUCUACGCUUCUGGAAGGACGACCGGAAUCGUCCUCGACACCGGAGACGGCGUCACCCACACCGUUCCCAUCUACGAGGUCAUCUCUUUUUCGAAAAACUUUUUUCAAAUGUGACAAAAACGAAGACGAAUGUCUGUUUCAAGGGAUACGCUCUGCCGCACGCCAUCCAGCGCUUGGACUUGGCCGGCCGCGACCUGACCGACUACAUGAUGAAGAUUCUGACUGAACGCGGCUACACCUUCACUACCACCGGUACUGUUUCCACCUUCCUUGCCAUGGGCUGUCGUUAUCAAGUUCGUAGUGAUAACGCGAAACACGCUACAAGUCAAACAAUGCUGCACAACCGAUAAAAAUACGGGCGAAUUCGGUCUCUCUCUCUCUGCUUUUUAAGAGAAGUCUACGUAGAUACAGCAUGUGAAAAUAGAUGUAAUUUGACACCGUCAAUGAUUCAACAGAAUUAGAUAUUAUUUUUACCCUAAGAGUAAAGAACCAAUUUGAAAAAAGUUCCUAUUCAAAAAUUUUCAGCAAAAAACCUCAUGACGGGGUAAAAUAAAAAUGUUUCAAUGUACACGACUUGAAUUGUGAGCCAAUCAGAAACCUUCCAGCUGAACGAGAAAUCGUGCGCGACAUCAAGGAAAAGCUUUGCUACGUCGCCCUCGACUUCGAGCAGGAGCUGACGACGGCGGCGGCGUCGUCGUCGCUCGAGAAGUCCUACGAGCUUCCCGACGGCCAGGUCAUCACCAUCGGCAAUGAGCGCUUCCGCUGCCCCGAGGUGCUCUUCCAGCCUGCCUUCAUCGGUCUCGAAGGCGCCGGAAUCCAUGAGACCACCUAUCAGUCGAUCAUGAAGUGCGACGUCGACAUCAGAAAGGUAUCCUAGUUUUUCAGACUUUUCGAAGACUUUUCUUCUGCAGGACUUGUACGCCAACACGGUUCUUUCCGGAGGUACCUCCAUGUUCCCUGGCAUCGCCGACAGAAUGCAGAAGGAGAUCCAACACUUGGCCCCGAGGUUCGCUUCUUUUUUUUCAAAGCGUGUGUGAAAGAUGAAACACAGAUGUUCUAAAGCUGCUUCUCAAUUUCAAAAAAAAAAAACAUUACUAACGAACUUCAAAUGUCAAAAAAUCUUUCGACUAACGGCCGGUGACCCUCGAAAGGCAUCAGGCGCAGAAGCAAACAGAACGAUAGAACAGUUGAAAACAGCUGACUUUCAGCACGAUGAAGAUCAAGAUUAUUGCACCGCCGGAGCGCAAGUACUCCGUUUGGAUCGGAGGUUCAAUUUUGGCCUCGCUGUCCACCUUCCAGCAGAUGUGGAUCUCCAAGCAGGAAUACGACGAGUCCGGUCCAUCUAUCGUUCAUCGCAAGUGCUUCUAA